UAUUUUGUCAGUCAUUUGCGGUUGGUCCAAUUUGACUUAUAGUCGUCAGUGGAGCUUUAGUGUUCUUUGAUAUUCUUUGAGUUCAUUUAUUACCGUAUCAUUGAAGUGUCUCGAAAAUGCCUCGACGAGGACGUUCUGCAAGUCCCCCACCAGCGCCACAGCGAAGAGCUGCUCCAGCUCCAAGCAGCGUCCCGGCUCAUGCACCUCAAUCGAGCCCUGCUCCGGCUCAAGCUCAGCCCCAGCAACCAUCCCUUUUCGGACAGAUGGCUGCUACUGCUGGUGGAGUAGCUGUGGGAUCAGCUAUGGGUCAUAUGGCUGGUAGUGCUCUAACUGGUUUGUUCAGUGGUGGCAGCAGUGAGCCAGCACAGCAGCAGCAGCAGCAACAGCCCCCAGCUCAAACUUACCAACAAUACCAAGGACAGCAGCCCCAAGGUCCUUGUGCUUGGGAGAUCAAGCAAUUCAUAGAGUGCGCCCAACAACAACACGAUUUGUCUCUCUGUGAAGGCUUUAAUGAGGCUUUACGUCAAUGCAAAGUUAACAACCACAUUUAAAAUAAAAAUUAAAUAAGGUGUCCCAUUUACAUAAUGGUUUUCUCCAUCAAAAAUUCUUUGAUUGGAUUAUACAGAACAUGGGCAAAUACAAUUUAUUGUUUUAGAUCAUACCUUACUAUAAGAACUUUUUGUUUUAAUCUACUAAAUGUUGGACACCUUCCCAGUCAUUUCUAUGAGAAAUAGACAAUAGCAAGGACAAGGGAGACAGUUGAUUUUUAGAAAAUUUUAGUGUUUAUUAUAUUGCUACAUUGUGAUGUAAAAUUUAAUUAUUUAUAACAAAUGUAAACUAUUCGUUUUACUUAAUUUUUAGUGAAAAUUAUAUAUGUAAUAAAAACAAAAAAACCAAUAA